AUGCAUAUGUCUUAUGGGAAAACGCGUGUGGCAGGUGUUCCGAAUACAAGAAAUCAAAGAGCAAAACUCGCCGCCGAUUACCAAGAAUUAUUAAAAGAACUUUCAACAAAAAAUAUACGGUCAGUCGGUAAUUAUGCCCUAGAGGAUACUCUGGGUGAAGGAACAUACGGAAAAGUAAAACUUGCAACGCAUAAACUGACCGGUCAAAAAGUCGCAAUAAAAAUAAUACCAAAACUUCAUGCUGAGAAUCUCACUCGUGAAAUACAUCACCACCGCUAUUUGCAUCAUCCUAAUAUUAUAUCCUUACUCGAAGUUAUACCAACAGAAACCGAAAUUUAUAUGGUAUUGGAAUAUUGCGAAGGUGGCGAAUUAUAUGAUUUUUUAGUUGAACGUGGGCGCCUAAGAGAAAAUCUGGCGAGAAAAAUGUUUGGCCAAUUAUGUAGGGCGGUCAAAUAUUGUCAUGACAGAAGAGUAGUUCAUAGGGACCUGAAACUCGAAAAUAUUCUCCUCGAUGCUUACAAUAAUAUUAAGUUGGGUGAUUUUGGUUUCACACGAGAGUGUGAAAGCAAAAAAUUAUUGGAAACAAUUUGCGGUUCUACCGGGUAUUCUGCUCCAGAGAUGUUACUUGCCAAAAAAUACUCUGGUUUAGAGGUUGACAUAUGGUCUCUCGGUGUCAUUCUCUACACAUUACUUUGCGGAGCACUUCCUUUUGACGACGAUGACGAAAAUGAAAUGAAACACAAAAUAAUAAAGGGCGAAUAUGAAAUGGAAGAGUUUUUAUCAAACGAAGCAAAAGACCUCAUACGAUCGAUAUUGCAAUUGGAGCCAUCGGAGCGACCAACAUUAAAACAGAUUUUGCAACAUGCAUGGUUUACAAUAAAAGAUGAGGAAGAAGAAUACAACGAUGAUGAUGAUGAUGAUUGGGCUACAGAUGAAAUGCAACAAGUCAUCUUGAACGACAACGACAAGAAAUUUUUUUAA